GUAUUUUUAAGGUCAAUGGUGUUGAAAUAAAGUUAACAAUCAUUUUAGCGUAUAUUAUUUACAAUAUUCAACAUUGUCAUCGUCUGUUAGAUGAACAAGAAUAGAAUGAGUACUCGUAGAGCUCAUUCACCUCGAACAAAAGAUGCUAUUUACUGGCGUUAUCAUUGGAAAAACUCUGAUCCUGUUAUGAUAGCUAGAAGAAUCGGUACAAUAAAUUGGGUUCUUUUGCGUGAUAAGAUAAAUGAAAUGAAUGACAGACAUGAGAAAGAAGCUAACCCACACACCAUACGUGCUCAGAUUAUUGCAUCCCAGUUACAAAACAUAUCAAGAGAAACAACACUAACUCAUACAAAACAUGAAGAUGGCUUUGAAAAAUGUACAAAGGAAAUGAGUAUUGAGUCUACUGAUCAUAAAGGUGGUCCAUACACCAAAGGAAUGACACCGGAAGAACGGAAACAGUUUUUCAGAACAAAAUUAAAUCAGAAAGCUCGUGAAGGUUUUCGAUUUUGGGUAACUGAACGGCCUAAACCAACAAAAUUUGGCCAUUACUCAAUGGGAGCCAAAUAUACUUUCCUCGGAUUAUGCAAUGCCCCGAGAAGUUGAAUAUUUCAUUGUAUUGUUUGUUUCCAAUAAAAUACACUCAAUUCCUUUUUAGUAAAAUGUGCUAUGUUAAAUAAACAACUACGCACAAACGCUGCCUUAGUUUACUACCUGAAUUGGAUAACAAUG